AUGGCUCCCGCGGGAUCCACGCACCGGGGCUCCCGCGGGAUCCACGUCUGCAUCUGCACCGGGGCUCCCGCGGGAUCCACGUCUGCAUCUGCACCUGCACCGGGGCUCCCGCGGGAUCCACGUCUGAAAGCGCACCGGGGCUCCCGCGGGAUCUACGUCUGCAUGCGCACCGGGGCUCCCGCGGGAUCCACGUCUGCAUCUGCACCUGCACCGGGGCUCCCGCGGGAUCCACGUCUGAAAGCGCACCGGGGCUCCCGCGGGAUCUACGUCUGCAUGCGCACCGGGGCUCCCGCGGGAUCCACGUUUGCAUCUGCACCUGCACCGGGGCUCCCGCGGGAUCCACGUCUGCACGCGCACCGGGGCUCCCGCGGGAACCACAGCACGCGCACGGGGACUUAUUUAUAUAUCUGCUGGGUGGCUACCAGGUGUUGA